AUGGAUAACAUGGAAACGCAGCCAGAAAGUCAUGGCAAGAUUGCUAUUUCGUCAUUGGUUGGAUUGGUUCAAAUGCGUGAUUCGGGGGAUGACUGGACUGGAAUGACUAGCUGGCAUGAGAGAAGGAAACGGCAGAAUCGCCUGAGUCAGAGAGCCCACACUGAGGCGACCAAGCGCUUUCUGCAGGCCACCAAGGCCCCCCUCAACGACUUCGUAAGGGUGGCCCUUGAACCAGCCCUCGGUAAGGCCCAGCUCAAAGAAUGGGAAGAAAACGGCACCGAAGGUACCAUACCCAGCAGAAGGUCGCUCCGUGUGCACCGUGCCAGCGUUGGUGAGCAGGACUUCGGCAUUGCCAGGAUCCUCCUCGCCGCACGUCGUCAUAUCUGGCUUCAAAACUACUGUGACCCUGCCCCCUUCACCUAA